AUCCAAUUUUCUCCGUUAGGUGGCAGUGUUAUCUUUCACACCUGUUGCGAAUAGGCGAAGAAGAAGAAGGCGCAGAAGAAGAAAAGUCUGCCCGAUCGGUUUCCGGAACAGGAGAAACCGCCCUUUUGUUCAGAAAUGAGUGUUUACAGCCAGGAAGCACUUUGACUAGUGACCAUGGUGGAUAACCGCUAUGCCACAGCCCUGGUCAUCGGCGCCGUGCUGAGCCUGCUGGCUGCUGUGUACCUCUCAGUGGCCGUGGGAACGCAGCAUUGGUACCAGUACAGCAGCCCACCAGGCUCACAUGACGGAAGCAACGCCUCAUUGUUGGGAGAUGACUCUGUUGACGGCGACUUUGACGAGAAGACGUCAAGCGAGACCUUGUAUCGCCUCAAUGGCACCAUGGGACUGUGGUGGUGGUGCAUCCUGGUGCCCAGCCAGUCUCACUGGUUCAAGGAGCCAGAUCCCAUUUUUAAAAGGCAGUGUGAGCGUUUCACUCUUCCUCAGCAGUUCUUGCCAAAAUACAAACACCCUGGAAACCACAAUCGUGACGAGGACCUGCUAAGGACAUACUUGUGGAGGUGCCAGUUUCUCUUGCCUCUGGUAUCGCUGGCCUUGGUGUUCCUGAGCGGCCUCAUCGGCGUCUGCGCUUGCCUGUGCCGCAGCUUCACGCCCACCCUGGCUGUGGGAGUGCUUCAUCUUCUCGCAGCUUUGUGCUCUCUGGGCAGCGUGUGCUGCUUCCUGGCCGGCGUGGAUCUCCUCCACCAGUACGUCAGGCGGCCCGACGGGGUGGAGUCAUCGCUGGGCUGGUCCCUCUACCUCGCCCUCAUCUCCUUCCCGCUGCAGAUGAUGGCGUCUGCCUUGUUCCUCUGGGCGGCUCGCAGCCACCGCAAGAACUACACGCGCAUGAUCGCCUACAGGGUGGCCUAAAAUGGCGGCUCAGAGCAAUCCAAAGAGUAAGGCGGACGGAGGAUGUUUGUAGCCAAUCAUCGGAAGUGCUGACGCUUACACAACAUCCAUUUGUGGUAAUCGCUUCUUGACUUAAUUGCAUCUAUGUAGCCUUUCCUCUAAGAGUGCAUGCUGUAUUAUUUAUGAAGUUGUGGUGUCGCUGUGGAGAUUGCCUUCUUUUAGUUGUCAUCAGUUUCACUGCUGCUCUUCACCUUGCCAUUAACUUUUUGUAAACUUAAUCAAAUUCACAAUGCUUCAAGACAUUUUUCUUUCGAAGUUUGUUUCUCUCCAGCCUUGCGUGUGUCGUGUUGACAAAACGUCACUCACUUGAAUUGUAACCACUUUUAUUGCGCUUAACGUUUAUUAUUGUAGUUAAUCUCAGUCAAGUGAUUCACGUUUGAUAAGCCGCUUGAAAUGUUGAGCGGUCGCAACUGUUGUCAAUUCUGGUGUCUAAGUCUUUUAAAGCAGGUUCACAUUUUGCGGAUGGCAAAAAAUUUGACUUUAGUGUACUCUUGGGGUCCAAAAUAAUUGUUGUUGAAUAUGUCAGUGUUUUAUGAAACUGUUUUCAAGCACACCACUUGUGUUCAAAUAAAGUGGAUUUCUGACAAACAA